CGAAAAGGUCCCCAAAAAUAAAGGGAAAAACCCCAUUAUUCCCCACAUCCACAAUUCCACAGUCGUAGCGGGAAGAAGAGAGACAGGGGUUCCCCAGCACCAGCUCAGAGACGAGGAGCUUCUCCAAGUGAGCAAAAUUAUUCGCGCCAAUUGGGAGCCAUGGGCGCUAACGGCCACCCGCCGCCUGCGAGCGCCGCCGCGCAGAACGUCUCCCACUCCGGCGGCGGCGGAGGCGGAGGAGGUGGAGGUGGAGGAAACCCUAGCCCCGGCGGCACGGCGGCGGCGCUCCGGCACGACCCGGGCUUGUCGCGUGAGUGGUCGCCGGAGGAGCAGGCCACCCUCGACGAGCUGCUCGUCAAGUAUGCAUCUGAUGCACCUGUUAUCCGGUAUGCCAAAAUAGCCAUGAAGUUGCCAGAGAAAACUGUUCGAGAUGUGGCCUUGCGGUGUAGAUGGAUGAAUAAAAAAGAGAGUGGUAAAAGAAAGAAAGAGGACCACAGCUCGUCAAAGAAAAGCAAGGACAAAAAGGAGAAGGUUGCAGAUUCUUCAUCGAAACCAUCUGUUCAUAUAGCUGGAAGGCCUAGUGUUCCUCCAUACCCCCUUCCAUCACUUCCCAUAGACGACGACGAAAUUUCAUCCAAAGCAAUUGGAGGUCCAACAGGAGAACUCCUCGAAAACAAUGCCCAGGUUCUGAGCCAAAUUUCUACAAACCUAGGCACCAUGCAGAUACAGGAUAACAUCUCUCUGCUGUGCCAAACUCGAGAUAACAUACUGAGGGUGUUGAAAGAGAUGAACGAUGCUCCAGAGAUCAUGAAGCAGAUGCCGCCGCUGCCCGUGAAGAUAAACGAGGAGCUGGUCAACUCGAUACUCCCCAGGCCGACUGUACCUAUGCAGUAGUAGGGAUAGCCAAUGGAACAUAUCUUCUUCUUCUGUAGUCUCAAGAGCCCCUGUUAGAUAGGCAGCUAAAACAAUAAGUAAAGUGCCAGUCCUUGGUCCUAGUUUGUUCGUUGUAGGAUAUUUCUGUCAUCUUGUAUUCGCAAUAUGUUCUGUGUAGACGCUGAUCUUCCAACUGCUACUGAAAUUAUUAGGCUGUUGGAAACAUGUACCGGGCUACCAAGGGUUUGCUUC